GUUCUUGCCUGCUCCCCACCCGCGUCUGCACCCCUGUGGGCUCACAGCCGGAUGCUGGGGCCUCGAUCCGGGUCCGCGGCCUUCAGCUCGUCCCCCGGAGCCUGCUGGUGGCCCCGGGCAAGGGCGAUGCCUGGCCAGGCCUGUCCUGUUGCCCAGAUCCCCAAGCUGGGGCGGAGUCACUCUCCAGAUCUUCUCCGCACACCUGGAUUCCGAGCGCCUGCCGGGACAGCAGCCCGAGCUAGGACUGGCUGCUGCGGGGCACGAGAGACUGACCCCUCCACUCCAGGGAGUUCUUUCCGAAGACAGCAAGGGGGAUCGCCACCUCGGCGCCUCAGGCAGCCAAGCCCUGUCUCAGCGCUCUGCUCACCUGCCUUCGGACUUUAGUCUUUUGAGUCCUAGAUGCACUUAACUUUUCAUCUGUCCACUGCCGGCUCUGUUGCAGAGCAUUGCCCAAAGCCACUCACGUGGUCGUCCCUGGUGACCCCCGGACUCAUCUUUUACGGCGUUCAGAUUUUUACCUUUUUCCUCCUCCUCUUUUAGGCCUGUGGAAAUCCAAUCAAGGCAUACACGGGUGGAGUGUGCUUGACCGUUUUGUGCAAAAGGGCGCAGUAGCCUAACCUACUAAAGCUUCCAUUUGCUGGAACUGGGCAUCCACCCAUCUCUGCCAACUCUUGGGAGAAGACUCAACUCCAGGAAGGCUUUCUGCCAGGCCCUGAGGUUGUACUUUCAUGCCCCACAGCCACCAUCAGCCAGCGUAUGCAAGUGGGUUUUAAGCUAUUCAGGACAUCAACAGCUUCUGGGUGAUUCCAAGGAUUAAAGAGUCUACAGGUUGCUAUGUUAAUGCUGCUUGUCUUUGGAGUAUUGCUUCAUGAAGUCCCACUGAGUGGCCAAGAUGAGGAUCAUUCUGAGACUGACAGUGUGCCAGGCAAAGCCCUAUAUGACUACUACAGCCUCCGCCUCCCUGAGAAACACAUCCCCUUCUUCUUGCAUAAUAACAGGCAUAUUGCCUCUGUCUGCAAGGAGGAUUCCCAUUGUCCAUAUAAGAAACAUCUAGAAAAUCUAAACUACUGCUGGGGUUAUGAGAAAUCCUGCAAACCAGAGUUUAGAUUUGGCUACCCUGUGUGCAGCUAUGUCGACAUGGGAUGGACAGACACUCUGGAGUCGGCUGCGGACAUGUUCUGGAAGCAAGCUGACUUUGGAUAUGCCCGGGAGCGGCUGGAGGAGAUACAUGUGCUCUGUCAGCCAGAGAGAACUAGUGACUCAAGUCUGCUUUGUUCCCGGUACCUUCAGUAUUGCAGAGCUACUGGUCUGUACCUGGACUUAAGAAACAUCAAGAGAAACCAUGACAGAUUCAAGGAAGAUUUUCUUCAGGGUGGUGAAGUUGGUGGCCACUGUAAACUGGACAGUCAUGCGUUGAUGUUGGAAGGGCAGCGCAAAAGCCCUCUGCAGUCUUGGUUUGCUGAACUACAAGGCUACACACAGCUCAAUUUCAGGCCUAUAGAAGAUGCUAAAUGUGACAUCGUUGUUGAAAAACCAACAUAUUUUAUGAAAUUAGAUGCAGGUGUUAACAUGUAUCACCACUUCUGUGAUUUUCUCAAUCUCUACAUUACUCAGCACGUUAACAAUUCCUUCAGUACAGAUGUGUACAUCGUGAUGUGGGACACCAGCUCUUAUGGAUAUGGUGACCUGUUCUCUGAUACCUGGAAAGCAUUUACUGAUUAUGACGUCAUACAUUUGAAAGCCUAUGAUUCCAAAAAGGUUUGCUUUAAAGAAGCCGUGUUUUCAUUGCUCCCCCGCAUGCGGUAUGGGCUGUUCUAUAACACGCCUCUGAUCUCUGGCUGUCAGAAUACUGGGUUAUUCAGAGCCUUCUCCGAGCAUGUGUUGCAUAGACUGAACAUCACUCAGGAGGGACCCAAGGAUGGGAAAGUUCGAGUUACCGUUCUUGCACGCAGCACAGAAUACCGGAAAAUACUGAACCAAAAUGAGCUGGUAAAUGCACUGAAAACAGUCUCCACAUUUGAAGUCCAGAUUGUUGAUUACAAAUACAGAGAACUUGCGUUUUUAGAUCAGCUGAGGAUCACACACAACACGGACAUAUUUAUCGGCAUGCAUGGGGCUGGCCUUACACACUUACUUUUCCUUCCAGACUGGGCUGCUGUAUUCGAGCUGUACAACUGUGAAGAUGAGCGCUGUUACUUAGACCUGGCCAGGCUCAGAGGCGUCCACUAUAUCACCUGGCAGAAGCCCAGCAAAGUGUUUCCUCAAGAUAAGGGGCACCAUCCAACUCUGGGCGAACACCCCAAGUUUACCAACUACUCUUUUGAUGUAGAAGAAUUCAUGUACCUUGUCCUUCAAGCUGCAGAGCAUGUACUGCGACAUCCACAGUGGCCAUUUAAAAAGAAACAUGAUGAACUGUAGAAAUGUUUGUUUACAAGAAGAGAGCAUUUAAACACUCUCACAUCCAGACUCACAGUCAAAGGAACAAAACAACCUGCCAUAGCCUCCUAUAAGAUGAACUAUGACUUUUGGCUUUUGAAUAUAGCUCAGGAUGGCCUUGAACUAAUGAUCCUCUGAGCCUCCUGAGUGCUCAGAUUAUAGGUGUGUACCUCCAUGCCUGUCUACAGAUUACUUUUUCUAUAUGAAAACAUACGUUCAGGAUAUUUUGUCUUUAAGUCUUCCAUGUGUUUAUUGUGUCCUUGCUAUUUGCCAAUAGCAAUAAUAUUUUUGCACUGAAAAAAGUUACUUUUAUAGUUCAAAGCUGGGCAGGUGCCCAUUGGUGUAACAGAGCUUUCCUGUUGGGAUACCAAAGUUGUCAACUUAAGCAGCUUUAGAAUUUAUAAGUGUGUUUGUUAACUAUAAUAUGAUUGUAAUUCCAGAGUGUUCCACCUUGUUGUUUAUGUACUUGGAUGAAUUCAAAACUGAUUUUGUAUUUGCCAUAGUCUGUUUAUAAAUAUGGAUAUAUAUAUAUAAAAUUAGGGCCUGGGGACGUGGCUGAGUGUAGAAUGCUGGCCUUGCAUGCAUGGGGCCCUGGGUUCAAUCCCUAGCAACACACAUGCACCUCCACACACCAGCAUAAGUCUGUGAUUCUCAGGACCAAGCUAUAAGAGUGUGUUAUAGAUCAGUGUCUAGUCGGCUCCAGGUUAUGUACACCAAGAACCUGAAUUAAUCAAGCCGUUUUAUUAAUUUGUGUUCACAAAUCUCAUUCCAAUCAUGUUCUCCCCAAAUGUAAUGGCUGUGUUAAUAAGAACCAGCCAGACCAUUCUACAGUACCAUCUCCGCAGACCCAUCAUCCAUGUUGACUUGACAUGAAGUGGUAGUUUGCAUCAGGCAGCCAUUUAUAAGCACAUACAGUUGUGUGCACCUACCUCUGGCAGUGUGAAAGUAACCCUAAUAUUUGUAAAAACUGAAAGGUGGCUACAUGAGGAGACUCUUUCCCUAUUAAAGAAAAAAGUAAGGCCAUUGAGAAAAUAGUAGAGCUGUGAAUUACCCAAUCAGAACGAAAAGCUUUAAGAAAGUGGCCCUGAGGAAAUGGGAUGGCUGAAGAACAGGCUUUUCCUUGAAUGGCUUCAUGUCUUUCUGUCGGUGAGCAUCCAGCUCAGCAUUCAGAAACCAUGGGUUUGCUCUACUGUACAUGUGACGUUUGCAUCUUACCAACAUUUGAGUCACCUCACAUAGACACUACUUUUAGUUUUUACAGUAGAUUAAACAAAUUGCCACAAAGGAUUUUAUUUUUAAAUUUUAGAGAAGUGACCCUCCCCACCAAAACAAGAUGUUGGUAACUACACCGCCUCAGAAGUUUGCUGACUUUUGCUUUCAGGGCUUGAUUACAGAGUUGUACACUUUAUUUAUUAAAAUAUUGUUAGAGGAAAUAGUGACACGUGAUGGGCAAGACUUCUGAUGUGUUUUAAGAUUGGGAAGAACUGUAACAUUAGGAACUGUUAGAUGAUGGGUGGCUGUUGUUCUUUGUGUAGAGUCCUAAGUGAGCAGUAGGAAUGGGGGUGUUCUGUAUGAAAGGGGUGGGAGGAGCAUGUUGCCCAAGUCAUCAAGGAUAAAUAUCCGAAGACUGCCUCUGGAAAGCCAUUUCAUCCUCUUACCUCAUUUCUGGGCUUGCGUCUGGGCUUGAGUGGACUAUGCUUCCACAGACUACCUGGGACUUCAGCAACUGAGAACAGUUUGAGAGUAAAAUAUAUUUGAAGAUUUUGCAUUUAGACAGAAUAUACAUUAUAUAAAUAAGAAAGUCAUUUAAUUAAUUAGUUAUAGGACUUUUAUCAAAUUUUUUUGUGGGAGCAGAAGAUCUUCAAAUUGUUGUAAAAUUUAAAAUGUAGACAUGGCUCUUUUUAUUAAGUCUGUAAGGAGAUGCCUGGCUUUGGAAUAAAGCUUUCUAUAUUUCAUUUAACUAUC